AUGAGGAUGUUGGUGCUUCUCCUUCUGUCCUUCACAGCUGUAACGCAUGCGUCGAUAUGUCCUGCGAAUGAACCAACUGAUGAUCAACGAAAAGCGAUUCGUAAAGAACAUAAUGAUAUUCGACGGAAAAUCGUUAGAGGAGCGGCCAAGAAUUAUGCUGGAAAUUUGAAUGCCGGGAAGAAUAUGUACAGUUUGAGGUAUGACUGCGAUCUGGAACAGGCGGCAAUUGAUGCUGUAGGUGAUUCGUGUUCUGCAGCAUUGGCGGAACCUGCGAAAUAUGGACAGAAUGUUCAAGUGUACGAAACCCAAGCGGUCAGUGCCCUUGCAAUAGCUGAACUUCUGAAGGAUGCGGUGAAACAAUGGUAUCAACCUGUUCUGUAUUAUGGCCUACGAAGCGAUGCUAACAAAUACGAGGACAAACGACUGUACACAUUUGCUAAUCUUGCUUAUGACAGAAAUACAGCAAUAGGAUGUCAUCAUAAAAAGUGUGGAGACAAGGUAGUCAUUACGUGUAUGUACAGCAACAUUGUUCCUGACAAUGCAACAUUGUAUGAACGAGGCACUCCUUGUACAAAGGACGAAGACUGCACUAUCUACACUCCCUCAACGUGCAAAAGCAGUCUUUGUACCGCCAAAGCAAUGAUUCCGAAUCCCAGUCCUUCAUCCACAACCGCAGCACCAUCAACAGCAGGAAAGUGUCAGACCGCUGAAGUGACAGAGGCCGUACGAAACGCUGUCAUCGAAGUGCACAAUUCAUACAGGUCAAAGUUAGCACAAGGGCAGGUCAUAAACGGAAGAAGAAAAGAGAAUUGUCCCACUGCUGCCAAUAUGCACAAAAUGGAGUAUGACUGUAAUCUUGAAUCAAGCGCACUUGCUCAAGCCAAAACAUGCAGUUCAUCAGCUGCUUCGGGUGAAGGUCAAAAUGUCCACUCUGGCGUCCUGGUGAAUAAUUCGGAACAAGCAGUUAGGACCGCAAUGGAUCAAUGGUGGAAUCAAAUCACCAUUAGAGGGGUCAAUGCAGCGAUGCUGUUCCGUGCCAGAGUGAGAGACAAGCCAGAUGGUCCCGUGGCAUUCACUCAAAUGGCCUGGGCUACCACAACAAAGGUCGGAUGCGCAGUUGUCAACUGUCCAUCAAAAUCCUUCACCGUUUGUCGCUACAGCCCAGCCGGUAAUAUUGUUAACCAGCAUGUCUAUAAGAGAGGAAAAUUGUGCGGAGACUGCCAAUCGUCCUGUGUUUCUGGGUUGUGUUGA